AAACAUUUUAAUCAGCCAUUUGACCAUGUCAAUCCUCUUUUGCUUCUUUCCGCGUUCACUGCGCUGGUUCUCAGUCUGUUCAGGCACGUUACUCACAGAUCAUGCAAUUUCGCAUUACGCAUGCUCAAACUCAUCGUUGGAACCGCAUUACAACAAAGUGACAAGCGGACAAUGCAGGAAGAAGGACUUCUCAAAAACAAAAACUUCCCCACAGAUAUUCGCACCAUACGCAAACUGUUUGACCUGGAUCCUGUGGUCACAGUAUUGGCAACGUGCCCCUCUUGUUCUUCGACGUACGAGCCCACAUACAAUGCUGGGGUCCCUAUAUACCCU